AUGAGGGAGACAAAGCGUUCGCCUGUACAGAACAGCCCAGUCUCACCAUCGCGUGGCUGCGCUUCAACAAAGCGACAGUUCAACGACUUCUCUCGUGCAUCAUGGAUUCCCCAUCAGACCACCGCAAUCCCACUCCAUGUGAUGGAGUUCUAUCGUUGUCCCUUCCGUCGGCGGUCCCAGGAUUGUCUCUCGCAGCAAAUACUACCGCUGAUAUCCCAUGACAAAUUCAGUGGCAGCGACAGGGAUCCGAGCGAUUCUCGAGACGACGAGAAUCUUCAGCCCGAAUACAUUGACAAGGCCCAUGAGUCGUACAUCGCAGCUGCGUGCCAGACAUUGUCAUCUCUAUACCAGCUUGCGAAGGGGGGAUCCCCCAACCGCAGCCCAGCCCAGAGCUCACAGCAACAGUCAAAUACCCCUAUCUCUAUCAAAAGAAGUGCAGGUGCCCGCGAGUCUGUGCAUUUAUUAGCGAGUACCCCUGCAGUCGUUGUUGGGAUAAUAUACUAUUUACUAUACAGUAUUGCCCGUACCAGCGACGAUGGCUAG